CGGCUGCGCUGCUGCUGCUGCACAGCAACCAGGUGGAGAGAUGAAGCCCAACUCAGCAGAGAGCAGACCGACGAUGGAGAGGAGAAUGAUGGAGGAUCAAMCCACCGAGACGGAAUAGAACAGAUCCGCAGCUAUGAGCUCCUCUUUCCCAAAAUCUGAAUCCACGACCUCCUUGUUGAAAUCGUCCGCGGCAGCGAGGAGACCGACACACCUCCCUGAGCGCACAGCAGAGAGCCGGAGAAGUCAGCAUCACCACCCGCAGCACCAGCACCACCACCGUCCCGUCGCCGCGCUCCGGAGCAGCAUCAGCAAAGCCGAGGAGUCCUUCUGGUCGGCCGAGUGCGACGUCAGCGCCCGGAGACCCCUGUGCCACCCGUCCCUCGUCGACAGCCAGGACAGUAGUGAUCACGCAGCUACUCGGGACAAGUGCAAGUCUCAUGCCCCGACCCACAGCCAAGUUCCCGACCCGCCAAACAGCGGCGAGGCGGGCCGAGGUGUGAGGGAGCGCUGCAGGUCCUCCAAACCCACACACCGGCACCACCACCGCAGGAAGCACACCCGGGAGGACCGUCCUCCAGCGGCAGGGGAACCCGAGCCCGAGCAUCCCCGUCGCUGUCACACUCACAGCCGCCCGGUCCCCAGGGUGCCCUCGCUUUCGGACAGCAACGACGACAGGGCUCCUCUCUGUGAGCCGAGGGACCGUCAGGGGGCCGGUUUGGCCAACAGGGCAGGAGGCCAGGUCACCAGUCCCUCCCCGUCCUCCUGCUCCCUGGUCCCGCUGUCCAGCAGGUCAUCCCGUCGCUCCAGGAGAUCCAGUGCUGCUUCUUCUGCAUCCGAUAUCAAUUUACGCACCAUCCUCAAUUCACUCUUUGGACAGGACAGAGAGCUGCGGCCAGAGGAAAUGGAUGAGUUGCGUGAUGCUUUCAAAGAAUUUGACAAGGACAAGGAUGGUUUCAUCAGCUGUAAAGACUUGGGAAACUGUAUGAGAACCAUGGGAUACAUGCCCACUGAAAUGGAGCUGAUAGAGCUGAGCCAACAGAUAAACAUGAACUUGGGAGGUCAUGUUGAUUUUGAGGAUUUCGUAGAGUUGAUGGGCCCAAAACUCCUCGCUGAAACAGCUGACAUGAUCGGAAUAAAGGAGUUAAAAGAUGCGUUCAGAGAGUUUGACACUAAUGGAGAUGGUGCCAUAAGCACAUCCGAGCUCCGAGAUGCAAUGAGAAAGCUGUUGGGCCAACAGGUGGGUCUGAAGGAAGUAGAAGAUAUCCUGAGGGAUGUCGACUUAAAUGGAGAUGGGCUUGUUGACUUUGAAGAGUUUGUACGAAUGAUGUCUCGCUGAGGUCACAAAAAGAUCGGUACUGAAUGUGAAGCUUUGUCCUCCUCUGUACUUGACUGAGUACGACAGAGGACCAUGCUAAGUUCUUCUGAGCCGACCCAAUCUGAAUGAAACUGGAAUCAAAACUGCUUGAAUGUAACAGAGAAAAGCAUCACCUAUCACUUUCAAUCAAUAAGUGUUCUUCCUGAAAGUCUCCAGUUUGAGUGAGGCGAAAUUUGCUGUAGCCUAGCUGAUGAUUGUUCAACUUAGGUUUUUGCACUUUAAUUCUCACUAAAUAACUUCCUGUGUGGAUAGAAUGCUGGUGUCUCGCCUCCUCCUCUAUGUGGCUAAUAUAAGUGUUUCGCAUAAUGUCGCCCUUAUGUGUAUAUCACAGUCAGGAUGAGAGAAUGAAUGCCUGUAGAAAAGAGUGAAAAGACUGUUAAAGGUUUUGUUUCAUUUUCACACAGUAUGUGUUAUAUUAGAAGCUAUAAGUGGAAUGUCCUUUGUGUGACACUGGUGCUCCACCAAGGAACCAACGUGGUAAUAUCACACCUGUAUUGUAACUGUGUGACCAUCUGUGAUUUCUUAUUGUGCCAGUCCAGUAAACAGAAGCAUCAACUGACAGCGACGUGCAAUGAAGCAGCAGAUCUCUGAAAUCGAUGAGCAGCAGAACUCAGAAAUACAGUUCAUAUACAGUAUCUCCUUCUGCAUGGUCUGGAUCAGGGACAUUUGAAAAAACAUUUAAAGGAGAAAUAUGAGGCUUUUUCAGUUUUUCUUUCCUUAAGUGUGAAACUCCUCGUCACCAGCCUGGCCGAUACCUCCGGGCUAUCAUAAUGUCACAUGACAUCACAAUGCCUACAUUUGCAUAAUGCAUGCCUAGCGGUCGGUCUGGCACGCCCUCUAACAAAACCAGGUAAAGCGAGAGCAGACGUCGAUCUUACCUACAGACAAUGGAAGCAAUUGACCAAUCACAUCAGAGUGUGACAACUGGCCAAUCAGAGCAGACUGGAGGCUUCAUCGGGAGGGGGGCCUUAAAAGGAUUGGUGCUAAAACCAAAGAGGAGCUGUAGCAUUGGUCGAUAUGAGGAAAUGUAUGUGUUUUCUGAACAUUAGAGUAUGUAAAUCUCUCAUGUAAUAACUCAAAUUAAAUGUAUGAACAUGAAUAAAAGCAUAAUAUAUUUCCUUUAAAAAGAUGCAUAGCUCUCUUUCAAAAGCCAGAAAACCUAAGUGCUCAGUGACACUAACCUGCUGUGGUUUGCAGCAUCCGAUGCAAUGUAAAUGGGGCCUCUCCACCCUCCCUGAGAACACUCACAGGUUUGAAUUCCUGUAAUCUGUAACUUAGAUUAGGGAAUAAGUCAGUUUUCAAAAAUCACCACUACCCUGUUUGUGAACACACCAUAUGAAUGGCAUUUGUGGACUGUAUAUCCAGUGGAUGUGAUUAUGUUGUACCUGUACUGUAUGUCAGUGUCAAUAUGAAUCUAGUUGUGGCAAUGUUCCACACAUCUGUGUUGUCAAAGCAAUUUGUAUGCAUGCCAAAGAGAGAAAUGUAUUAAAUUUAGUAUGCACAUUACAUUUUUUUGUCUAAGGAAGUAAAUACAAUAAUUUCGCCAAGUUGACUGACGAAAAAAA